UACCAGGAGGAGUGCGUUUGAUUGUUGCAGGGCUCAAUGGCGGACAGAGCAGGAUAGUCGCGUUAACACCGAGGACAAAAACGUUUCGACUGGGAGAUUUGUGGUCCGCCGCCGCCGCGUAUCCCCGGGAACAGCGACCAAAACGUGCUCAGUUUUGCAUUAGCUUGAACUACAAAGCAGUCGCAGCUGGUUUCUCCUCGCCUUUUUGUUACAGUAGCUUCCUUGAGUUCCCAUCCCGAGCGGAGAAGUUCAACUGUUCAUGGUGGCUCACUGAAGGCUGUUAGCUUUGUAAGCAAACCAUGGGGGACUCUCUCGAAUUGAUCGGGAAGCGUCUUAUUUUGCUACUCGACGACAGCAGGCCCGCCAAUGGAUCAGAGACGGAACAACCUGCCUGGGCCCGGGACUGGCUCCGAGGAACGGUGCGGGCGGUGAGCGUCAUCGGCCUGGCCGCUCCGGAGGGUAGCGAAGGAGGGGAGGCGACAACGACAAGCACGGCUGCCGGACUCACAGUAUUUCUUGAAUUCGAAAACGGAUCGCAGCGAUGUUCGUGGGUGCAGGUGUAUGGCGACGGAGUGAAAGCCGUGUUGGUCGAAGACUCGGUCGUUUGGGUCAGCCCCAGUGACAGUAUGAGGGUCAGUGCAGUUCCAGGACCAACAACGCCUUGGCCGGCUCUGGCUUUCCGCUCGCUGGUGGACAGAGUGGGUUUAGGAUCACUGGUUCCUGUGGAGUAUUUUGGAACAAAGAAUUUUGAGUUUUUGCCAGAUGACAAAGCUUUCCAGAGAUUUGAGGCUGAUAAGGACAUGAGACACCCCGUGUUGUUGGAGCAACCAUCUCUGCUGUCAGCCUUCUCCAGCUGGCACACUGACUUUAAACUGCAGGAGAUCUUCAGGAAGGGCUCGUUCCCCAUCCAAGGACGCAGAGUCCGCGUGUACCAGCCUGAGUUUGAAGAUUGCUGGGCUUUUGGAUAUGUCUCACAGCACGAUCUCAUCUCACAUGUUAUGGAGAUUACGCUGGAUAAGGGAAAAGAGAAGCAGAUGGUAGAUCCUCGUGUGAUACAUGUCAUGCUAGCAGAAGAGGAGCCUGGUAACAAUGGACAACGAAAGAAGGACAGUGAAGCAAUGAAGGGAGACGGACGCAGACGUAGGACUGCCUCAGAGGAUGGUGACGAUUUGAACUUGAAACGGUUUAAAGGAGCAGGAAACUCUGAAGCAGGAACUCAAAACUGUGGGGAUUCCUGCAAAACUCCAGAGGAAGGCGUUGGGAUCUGGGCCGGAGACUCUGAAAGAGUCAGCAGCUCCACCAAAAACGGAAACCCCUCAGAGGGAACCUCUCCUCCAGAAAGCGUAUCCUCUCCCAACACAAACUCCUUGAUUCACUUGGACCACUCUAAUGCUUCUUCGCCUCUGUAUCCUGCCCUUGUCAAAGAAAAUGGGCGCCUAUUCUCUCCACAAGGAGCAGCAGACUCAACCAGCAACACUUCUCAUCCUCCCAACCCUCCCCCUCUCAAACCAGCCCCUUCCCCUUUCUCUACCACAUCUUUUCCCUCACUGGGGCAAAUGCCAGUCCUGGUCCAUGGUGCUCCAGCCCCAAAGGCUUCUCCAUCCCCCCAGCCAGACCGAGAGGAUGCCUCCCAGUCGGCUUUCUCUAAAACUGCUGCUCUUGUUUCCCCCGGGCCCGUCACCAUUUCUUGGUCACAGGACAGCAGACCCAGUGUUUCUCUGUCUUCGUCGAUGGGGUUCAGUUCUAAAGCUCCCACCUGGGGAGGCCAGACAGAGGGUUCUAAAACAACACCUAGUUUCCGUUUGUCUCAAGCGACCCCCACGGCUCCAGUAUUUGGAGAUGUUGCUUCCCAAACCAACGGCGCUCCCACCACUACCACAGCUUCCCACGACACCACCAAGCCUUUCGGCUUCGGCUUCAGUGGAGCCAAGAACGAGACCCGACCUCCGCAGGACCAGAACCUCUUUUUUCAGUGCAUGACCCAGAAUUCUGGCACCAGCUCCAAUCUGACAACCGGUCAGACUCAAACUAAGGACACUAAUUACUUCACUGCUGUGUCUGAGAGUCUGAGUAAAGAGCCAGUGACUCUUUUCAUGCCUGCAGCCUCUACUGAAGGGCUGAAGAAGCCUGAGCAGCCCAAAGUGCCUGAGGCCCAUCCUUUGGGAAAUGGUGCUUUCAACAUACCAUCAGCCUUCCAGGGCGCAUCUGCAGGUGCACGGGGCCCUGGCCUAACGAUUGGUGGUCUUGGGAUGGCCUCUGGAGCCCAAAGUGCUAUUAAGAACAACAACAAUAAUAAUGGAACUGCUGAAGGGAGUUUAGGGAUACAGUCCAGUUUUAACUCCUCAGAUAUUCAUCAGAACAUUUUUCUGCAGGCCUCUAAAGAGUCUACUAAUCCUUUUCUGGCUUAUGGGGACAAAAACUCUGCAUCACCUUUUGUUGGCCUCUCUGGGACAGAGCCACAAACUCUGGGUGUUUCUGUGGACAAUAAGCCUAAGCUGUUCACUAUGGCCGAACCACCUAAAGGCAUUCUGUCCAGCUUCACAGCACCCUCAGCUGCAGCUUCAGUCAGCUCUUCCACCACAACAAUGCCACCUCAGACUCUGCAGAGUGAGAUGGCCAUGACAAAGAAGGACCAAGAAGUCGUAGAGAUGCCACCCUCUACAUCAGGUUGUCUGAUGAUGGGAAGUAGCAGCUCUGGAGAAAUGAAGGAAACGGCUCUAUUGUUUGACCAGAGUCAGCCACAGAAGUUUAGCCUCGAAGACCGAAGCCAGUCAUCCAAGCGCGACUCUGAUUCCAGCACCAACAGCGACCUGUCGGACCUCAGCGAGAACGAGGAGGGCCUGGAGAAAGAUCAGAUCCCCCCAGGGCUUGCUCUUCCUGCUAAGGAUGGAUCCAUCCAGCAAAAAUCUAAAGUCCAGGUGGCUCCCAAGAGCCGUCCGCGUAACAAAUCUUUUAAAGUGGGCCAGUCUGUACUGAAAGACCAGAGCAAAGUGCGCCGUCUGAAGCAGUCAGGUGAGUCCUUCCUCCAGGAUGGCUCCUGCAUUAGCGUGGCUCCUCACUUGCACAAGUGCCGUGAGUGUCGCCUGGAACGUUAUCGGAAGUACCGAACCACGGAGGAUGACAGCGAGGAUGAAGAUGACCCGAAUGUGGCCUGCCGUUUCUUCCACUUCAGGAGGUUGGCUUUCACACGUAAAGGUAUACUGCGUGUGGAAGGCUUCCUCAGUCCUCAGCAGAGCGAUGCCAUGGCGAUGGGUCUCUGGUUACCUGCCCCAGCGGUCCAAGAAGGCCUCGACCUCGACACAUCUAAGUACAUCCUGGCCAACGUGGGAGACCAGUUCUGCCAGUUGGUGAUGUCUGAGAAGGAGGCCAUGAUGAUGGUGGAACCUCACCAGAAAGUGGCGUGGAAACGUGCCGUGCGAGGUGUUCGAGAAAUGUGCGACGUAUGCGAGACAACCUUGUUUAACAUCCACUGGGUCUGCCGCAAGUGUGGCUUUGGAGUGUGUUUGGACUGCUAUCGGCUCCGCAGGAACAGGCCAAGAGAAGAUGUGGAUGAAACCCCAGAAGACGAGGUUUUCUCUUGGUUAAAGUGUGCCAAAGGCCAACCUCAUGAGCCUCAAAACCUCAUGCCAACGCAAAUUAUACCAGGAACAGCUCUUUAUAAUAUAGGUGACAUGGUGCAUGCAGCAAGGGGCAAGUGGGGUAUUAAAGCCAACUGCCCCUGUGCUAGUCGACAUACAAAGUCACUAGUCCGCCCUACUGCCCCCAAUGGGAUUUCACAGCAGUCUACAUCCAGCAGCGGAGGUGGCCUUACAGUUUUAUCUGGUGCUGGCACUACUCCAAAACCAGAGGCAGAAACGUCAGUAAUCAAAACGGAGAGCAUGCAGACGGCAACACCUUCAGACAGCGGGGGUGGGGGAACUGUGGGUAGUACCAGUAACUCUGUUAUUAGUACAUCCACUCCCUGUAUUGUCACACAGUCCUCUGCCAAGGACACCCGUCCAUCAGGAGAGGGCAACAGUUCUGCUCUGCACUGGCUUGCAGACCUGGCCACACAGAAAGCCAAGGAUGACACCAAGGAAUCCGGCUCACUUCGCGCCAUGAUGAGUAGAGAAAGUCGGCCUCCCUUUGGGCUGGACUCGCUUAGUGCCCUUUCAAAGCCGCCUGCUUCCAGUCCGAAGCUCUUCAACAGCUUGUUGCUCGGACCAAGCAUAACCCAGUCCAAACCAGAGGGGUCGAGCCUCCGUGACCUGCUCAACUCUGGACCGGGAAAGCUGUCUCAGGGGCCUGGAGAGAGCAGUGUGCCGUUCCCCUCUGUUUUUACCUCAUCAAGUAGUGACAAGAUGAAGAGCAGCCUACCAAACUUCCUGGAUCACAUCAUCGCCUCUGUUGUGGAGACCAAGAAAGCAGAGGGCCGGCGCUCUGUGACCUCCGAAGGUGGCGAACUUGGAGUGCUGGGAGCCCGUAAAGACGGCGUAAUGGGUCUUAGUGUUUUGGAACCACAUACCUCACACUCUUGGCUCUGUGAUGGGCGACUCCUCUGCCUGCAGGAUCCUAGCAACAGCAACAACUGGAAGAUCUUCAGAGAGUGCUGGAAGCAGGGACAGCCUGUGUUGGUGUCAGGAAUACAUAAACGGCUAAAAUCCGAACUGUGGCGGCCCGAGGCAUUCAGUGAGGAGUUUGGGAACCAGGAUGUAGAUCUGGUCAACUGUAGAAACUGUUCCAUCAUUUCUGAUGUAAAGGUGCGAGACUUCUGGGACGGCUUUGAGACGAUCUCCAGUGAGUGCAAAAAACGACUGCAGGACAACGAUGGCAGACCAAUGGUGUUGAAACUAAAGGACUGGCCUCCAGGUGAAGACUUCAGAGACAUGAUGCCCACAAGGUUUGAUGAUUUGAUGGACAAUCUUCCUUUGCCCGAGUACACAAAAAGAGACGGCCGUCUGAAUCUCGCUUCACGGUUGCCCAACUUUUUCGUGCGUCCUGACCUUGGACCAAAGAUGUACAAUGCCUAUGGCUUAAUUUCAACUGAGGACAGGAAGGUCGGAACCACUAACCUCCAUCUGGAUGUGUCUGAUGCUGUCAACGUCAUGGUGUAUGUCGGCAUUCCUCAUGGAGAAGAAAACCAGGAGCAAGAGGCGGAAAACUCUGGAUACCAAGAGGUCAUGACCACCAUUGAGGAGGGCGAUGUGGACGACAUGACAAAGAGACGGGUACACGAGGGGAAAGAGAAACCCGGAGCUCUCUGGCACAUCUACGCAGCCAAGGAUGCCGAGAAGAUCCGUGAAUUACUCCGCAAGGUGGGAGAAGAGCAGGGUCAAGAGAACCCUCCAGACCACGACCCUAUUCAUGACCAGAGCUGGUACCUGGACCAGGGGCUCCGGCGCCGAUUGUACGAGGAGUACGGCGUCCAGGGGUGGGCCAUCGUACAGUUCCUAGGCGAUGCUGUGUUUAUCCCUGCUGGAGCGCCACACCAGGUACACAACCUGUACAGCUGUAUCAAGGUGGCGGAGGACUUUGUGUCUCCUGAGCACGUGAGGCACUGCUUCAGGCUGACGCAGGAGUUCAGACACCUUUCUACGACUCACACAAACCACGAAGACAAGCUACAGGUGAAGAACAUCAUCUAUCACGCAGUGAAGGAUGCCGUCGGGACACUGAAGGCUCACGAACCUAAACUAGCUCGCCCUUAGUCCUCAAUGCCACUCUACUACGUACACACACACACACACACAGCACACACCACAUAUCCACACAUAAAUGAAAACUGCAGAGUACAAAGUACAGAUUGUGUGUGUGUUUGGGGCAGUGAAGGUCUGAAUUUUGGGGAAAGAACAUUUCAUUUAAGGGGGCGGGAUUAGACAGGGAGGGGGCAAAUCAGCGCUUUGAUGAAGGAACUCCUUUGUCGCAGUACUCUUAAACUUGUCUAGUUGUUUUUACGUUUUUUUUUUCUUUUUUGAUUAACAUUGUAUUUAAGGUCAGUGUGUACUCUUGUUUUUGUUGUAAAUGUAAAAUGUUUGAGUAAGGGAGGGCAAAAAAGCUGACGUGCCUUCAGAGCAGAGGUUCAGCUACAAUAUAAGCAAAUCACAAAAUGUGAGUACUGGGUAACAUUCUUAUUUUGAUGACAUGCUUAUGUUUUUCAUUAGAAGCAAGGUUAACCAGUUUUUGUAGAUUUUUCUUUUCUUUCUUUUUUUUAAACAUUUGAUUAUUUUUUGCCGUCUGUGGCUGCAAUGAAUUUGCAAAGCAGCCGAUCAAGGGAAGCUGACCAAAGUUUUGUAUUUUUAGUUUUCUUAUUUCUCUCAUUUAGAGUAAGAAAUCUUCUUUUUUACGCAACAAGCUGAUGAUUAGACGAGCUUCAGAGGCGGCAAUUUUUUCUUUUUUUUUUUUUUUUUCUAAUCCGUCUUUGUUCAGGAGGUUUGAUAAACUACGGACUUCCAGCUAUAUUGUUCAAGAAUCACAGUUGCAGCUGAACAGAACUACUGGCCAUUAACAUUGUAUCAAUAUAUAUAUUGAUCUUAGCAGUUGGAUUUUUUUUCACAAUAAAGUUUACAAAAAUAA